AUGGUUGGAAUUGUUUUUUUCAAACGUGACGACUGUAUCUUAAAGACCAUUUUCUGGGAAUUUUGUAGGCAAAACAUAAUCAGAGUCAAUUCAGACAUUGAAGCAUUGAACAUGUUACCGGAGGAUUGUCUUUCUGUUGUUCUUUCCUUCACUUCCCCUGAAGAUGCAUUGAGAUCAUCCUUGGUUUCUUCCGUUUUCCGAUCGGCCACCGAUUCCGAUAUGGUCUGGGAAAGGUUUCUGCCUCCGGAUUAUCCCGAAAUUGUGUCGAAUUCGGUCAGGCCUCUCGAGUUUCGUUCGAAGAAAGAACUGUUUCAGUGUCUUUGUGACUCGGUCCCCAUAGAUGGUGGAAACAAGAUAUUGAAGCUGGAGAAAUCAACAGGCAAGAAAUGUUACAUACUGUCUGCACAACAACUCUCCAUUACAUGGAGCUCAAAUGCAUUGUAUUGGAGCUGGAUACCCAUGGCUGAAUCAAGAUUCUCUCGAGUGGCUGUGCUGAGAACAACCGACUGGUUAGAAGUUAGAGGGAGUAUAAGGACUCAAAUGCUGAGUCCGAAUACGAGUUAUGGGGUUUAUCUUGUAAUGCAGGUCUUGGAGCGUGCUUAUGGGCUUGAUUUAAUGCCAUUGGAGAUGAGACUGGAAGUGGGGAACAAGGUUUGUUGCACAAGUGUUUUCUUGGAGGAAAAGAAACAGAUGAGCGAAAGGGAAGACGGCUGGAUGGCGAUGGAGUUGGGAGACUUCUUCAGUGGGGACAAAGAUGAAGUGGUGAAGAUGAGUUUGAUGGAGAUUAAGGGUUGUCAUUUGAAGGCAGGCCUUGUGAUUGAAGGCAUUGAAUUCAGGCCAAAACUUCAAAAUAUGAUUAGUAAGUGAAGAAAUUUAGGCAUUGGAAUUGAGAAAAAUAGGCAUUAGAGUCCAAAGAGCACCGCAACCGCUCCACAUGUCCAAUUCAUGCACCUUGUA